AUGAGCUCUGGCUCUGGCCAGGAUGUGGCAGUCGAGCAUUUCCUGCAUGACCUAGAGAGGCGGGGUAAGCGGCGACACUGUGCUGUGAUAGGCUGGGAGGAAGAGCGACCCCGCAGCGACAUGAAUCUGCUGUAUCGCAAGAGUCGUUUGGACUGGAGGCAGAGGGACCAGGACGGCAGCAAAAAGAGCUCCACCCAGAAUGACCCCUCAGCCACUGUUGGCAAGUCCCGUGACCUGGCCUCCUUCCGCCGACACUUCCGCAUGGGUUUCAUGACCAUGCCAGCCUCCCAAGACCUUUCUCCUCACUCUUGUGCCUCAGCCAUGGCACCACGUUCGCAAUCCUGCCAUGCGGUAGGAGCUGGGGAUACCAGUCUGGAGAAUGGGGACUACUCAGAUACCCAGUCCCAGCACAGUGGUCGUUGUCCACCAGCCAAACCCAAACGCCAUCCCAGCACCUGCCUUAGCUCCUCUUCCAGUGAUGCCAGAGGCCCUCCUGAGGCCCCGCCUCCUCCCCCACCCACCCAUUCACAAGCCAAACACACAGAGAAGAAGAAUGCCAUGAAGAAGUCUGAUUCAGGGGAGAUUGGAGGGAAGAGAGUGCCUCCAUUAAAGCCCAAGAGAAGCCCGAGUACUCAGCUUUCUUUUGACCCCCCACCUUCACGUGUGCCUCCUCCUACCAUGACCCUGCCUUUCCAGGCAGCAGAGACUCAGCCUCAAAGAGGAGACAGAGAGGACGAGCCUGUCUACAUAGAAAUGGUGGGACAAGUGUUCACUAGAGACAGUCAGACUGCCACCCCACAUCCUGUCACCCCUGUGGCCACCACACCUGACUCUGACUCUGAUCAGAGUGAGGCCAUCUAUGAGGAGAUGAAAUACCCACUGCAAGAGGACAGGGAGUCCCAAAGGCGCCUGCCUCUCAAACAGGACAAACUUAAAACCUCCAAACAGUUCCACUCCACUCCUUCCUCUAGCAGUUCCUCCCCUCUGCCACACCCCUGUUCCUCCUCUCCAUCCUGCUCCAAGCCCAAAGCUACAGUGUCCAUCUCUCAUUCCUCUCCUUUACCCUCUUCCACAUCCUCCACUCCUGUUCCCCAGGUAAUUUCUGCCAGUCCACACACCCCUCGAGCCCCUACUCCCUACUUGCUCCAGGGUAAUAAAUUGGAGUCAGAGACAAACACCAAGAUUCCAGCCCCUUUUCCCAACCUUCUACAGCACCGCCCACCGCUACUAGCUUUCCCCCAGCCAGCAGCAGCCUCCAGUGGAGUAGGCGUGCAGCACAAGGUGUCCUCAUCCGGAAAACUGGGAACUCAAACCUCCAGCGCAACUACUCAAGCUAGCACCUCCUCCUCAAAUAUUCCCUCUACUAACCUCCCUGUACCAUUGUCGGGCUCCAAAGAGUCCUCUGGAGGGACUGCAGCUCAGCAGGAAAAACAUUGCAGAGAGGCUCAGUUAGGGCCUGCACCUGGGCUAAGGGCCAGGAGCCACUCAACACCCCUGCCACCCUCUUCCAAAUCCACUUCUCCUUUCUCCCAUCACCACCACCACCCUCACCAUCGCCCCUCUCACUAUCAUCACUACCGCAAGCCAGAGAGGGGAGGCUCUCCUGCUCCAACCAAGAGUAGCUCACAGACCUCAACCCAAGUCUCUGCUCAAACCCAAACCCCAGCUUCAGGCAAGGAAAGCAAGUCAGUCAGCUUCCUCUUGAAGUCAGAUAAAACAGAAAGGGAUAGAGACAGAGACAGGGACAGGGACAGAGACAGAGACAGGGACAGAGACAGAGACAGAGACAGAGACAGGGACAGAGAGAGAGAGAGGGACAGGGACAGAGACAGAGGUAGAGAGAGGGAGAGAGAAAGAGACAGGGAAAAAGAUAAGGACAGGGACAGAGAGCGGGAUAAAGACAGGGAAAGAGAGAGAGAUAGAGAGGGAGGGACACAGUUAUCCCAGAUGGAAAACACACCCACUACCUGCAGCCAAACAUCUCAAAGCAGCACCAGCUUAACGCCAAUGCCUCUGUCUUCAUCCCAGCGUCCUCAUUCUCGCCCCCACCUCCGCUCCCACACUCCUCAUGGCCUGCCUGCUUACAAGCCUCCCUCCUCAGACAGCCCUCUACUGUGGACCUACCCCUCUGUGGGCUUCCGCAGACCCCCAGCCUAUGAUAGCCUACGAGCAAGCUCUCAGAUGCCCUCUGCGCAACAGGCCUCAGGUCCCUCUGGUGGAGGGGAAACUGCUUCCAAGAGUAAUGGAGGUCUUAUAUCCCUCCAGGCGAAAGCCGGCUUCGUGCCUUGGAAAAGCAGUGCUGGUUUAGCCUUUGCAGAUGAGGGGUCUUACUGGCCGAUGCACAGGAAAUUGUCCUUCAGCCAUGGGACCAGAGAGACAGAGAAGGAUGAAGUGCGUGCGUGGAACGGCAGCGCUGAUGCUCUACUUAGGAUGGACAAAGAGGAGCUUGGGAUGGGGUCUCGAGGAGCCCAUUCAGGCAUCCCAGUACACUUCAGUGGUGCCAGCAGCAGGGGCCUGGAUCAUAGUGAGUCCCUUGCCGGCAUGGAUAGCAGUCCAGUAUUCAGAGCCUUGCCCAGAGUUGGGCUCCCUCUCCCUUGUCAAACAUUCCCUGCCUGUCGCAAUGGAGAAGUGGGGCGGCUGGGCCGCUCCUCUUCCACCUCUGGGGUGAGACAGGCGGGUGGAGGAGACGUCCAGAGACAGAGCAGUCUACCAGCACGAGAGUCCCUGAACCAGUUGCAUGGUCUGCCCCAAUCUCGAACGCCCUGCAGUCCGAGUGUUUCUCGGCAGCAGCAGCAGCUCCAGCUUCACCAGCAGCAGCUGCAGUUAAAGCAGCAGCUUCAGCAGCUUCAGCAACAGCAGCACCUCCAGCUGCAGUUCCAGCACCUUGCCCAGCUGGCACAGGGACAGCCUCCGGUCACCGGGGGCACCACCCCAUCUACAACGCAGACCCAGAGGGACGGCAAGUUGCUAGAAGUCAUAGAGCGUAAGCGCUGCUUGUGCAAAGAGAUCAAGGCCCACAGGCGCCCUGACAAAAGCCUGUGCAAGCAGGACAGUAUGCCCAUCCUGCCGAGCUGGAGACGGACACCUGAACCUCGUAAGACUGGCACACCACCCUGCCAGAGGCCACAGGCUGUGGUGUGGGACACAGCGAUUUGA